UAGUAUACUUCUGAAUUUUGGUUGUGAAUACGAACAAGAAGACACCAGUGGUCUACUUGGGUAAAUUUGGCAGAUAGAAACAAGCUAAGCUUCAAGGGUCUUGUUCCAAUUUUCAACUACUCUGAAGUGGAAAAAUAUGAGGUAUAGCUUAUCUGAAAGGUCUGUCAUGAAUAGAGGGCUAUGCAUCCCGCCCAAUGCACCGUUUACUCCAGCAAUGAACAUUUAAAUCCGGUUCUGCUUGCAAAUGAAACCCUGACCAGCGUUUCAGCUACUUUCUCUUCCAGAACUCGCGGAGUUCGUGCUAGUUGGAAGUAAUACGAUCAGCUCAACUCUAGCUCUGAAUGCCAUCGCCGGUUCUCUAGCUUCCAGGCCUUGGAGGAAAGGAAAGGUGAGGCGAAGCAAGACGAGAGAUCAGCCUCUGCAGGAAACGGCCGCUGCCGUCGCAUCACCAGUUAUUCACGCAGAGCCGGAGCUGCAGUUUCCUCGCGGAACGCGGGAAGGAAACCGCGCGCUUGCUAGUUCCCGCCGCCACUGCCGCUGCCGCCAUGGCCCAGUUCUUCUCGCUGGCCGAUUGCGAAGUGAUCGGCUUCGAUCUGGAUCACACGCUGUGUCGCUACAACCUGGUGGAGAGCGCCCGGCUUAUAUAUGACAGCUUCGCUCAGUACAUGGUGAAACAAAAAGGAUACGAUAAGGAACUUCUGGAUGUGAUGCCUGAAAACUGGGAUUUCUGCUGCAAGGGCUUGGUGCUGGACCUGGAAGAAGGGAACUUUCUUAAACUUGCAGAUAAUGGAACCAUUCUGAGGGCAAGUCAUGGCACAAAACAUAUGACCUCUGGAGAGAUCUUGGAGAAGUAUGAAAGGAGGGAGUGGAAACACUUUAAGACAAUGAGUGGAAUGGUUUCUCGUUCAGCUAAAUAUUAUGCCUAUGACAAUUACUUUGAUCUGCCUGGAUCACUUCUUUGUGGACGGAUUGUGGAUGGUUUAGACAAACACAGCCCUAGGAGAAAAUAUGACUUCUGGAAGGAUAUGGUUGGUGCCAUACAGCAUAAUUAUAAAACGUCAGCUUUUAAAGAAAACUGUGGGAUGUACUUUCCUGAAGUGAAAAGCAACCCAGGAAAAUAUAUACGGUCUUGUCCUGAUUCUGUCAAAAAAUGGUUAAGAAGAUUGAAGGAGAGUGGAAAGAUUCUGCUAUUAAUUACUAGCUCUCAUUCUGACUAUUGCAGACUAUUAUGCGAGUACAUUUUAGGGAAUGAUUUUGAAGAUCUUUUUGACAUUAUAAUCACAAAUGCCCUGAAACCUGGUUUCUUUUCUCGGACACCAACUCAAAGACCUUUCCGGAGUCUGGAGAAUGAUGAAGAACAAGAAGCUCUCCCAACCCUGGACAAACCUGGCUGGUAUUCCCAAGGUAACUCAACCCAUUUGUGUGAGUUGCUGAAGAAGAUGACUGGCAAAGUAGAACCAAAGGUCGUUUACUUUGGUGAUAGCAUGCACUCAGAUAUCUUCUCAGCUCAUCACUAUUGUAACUGGGAGACUGUCCUUGUUUUAGAAGAGCUUGGAGGAGAUGGUGCUUUGGUACUUACAGAGUCAAGGUCCGAACCCUUAGAGAAGAAGGGAAAGUAUGAGGGACGUCAACCCAAAGCACUCCAUUCCAUUUCUAAACAGUGGGGUUCUUUCUUUGUGGAUACUAUUUCAGGAAAAGAAAAUGAAGAGGAAAUCUUAGUAAAUACGUGGUCUUGCAAAUCUGUUCAUACUUAUAGCACAAUUACAAUCCCAAGUAUUGAAGCCAUAGCAGAUUUACCACUGGAUUAUCAAUUUUCUAGAUUUUCUUCAAAUAGCUCAAUAACUACUGGUUUCUACCCCAAACCUCCAAAGUCUUUAUCAGGUUUUGAGUGAAUGGCAACCAAAUAAAACAUCUUUCAAGAAAAGCAAAUCUGAAUUUUCAUCAUGCUUAAGCAGAAAUGUUAGAAGCUACUGAGAAUCAUGUAAAUUAAAUACCAUAUCAAUUCAAAAGACAUUUUGGAAAGGACCUAACCA